UCGAUUGAUUUUAUAAUUCCUGCACUCUGGGGCGAAAAGUGAAUGAACUAGAACAUCUACUUUUCAGGAUUUUCAUCUACUGCAUUUGUAUAGGCGUAGGGAAUAGUACUAUCCAGUCGCCAACUUCAUCGGAUCUUCUCUAUAUCAAUAUCAAAAUACCGAAUAUAACUAAUGAGUUCAGUUCGAGGAUUUUCAAUUCAGUUCAAAUGACAGCUCGAUCGAUGAACAACAGAACUCGCGGUUAUUUCCCUGAAUCCCUCCACCAUCAAAGUCGUCGAGUUUCGCGAAAGGCCUCAUCGGCCGAUAUGCUGAGUCGCAACAUAUCGAUGAUACUGGAGAACCUGCUCAAGCGCUACGAGCAAUCGCAACUGCCCACUCAUGGACAGGGCGUUCCGACGGUGGUCCAGACCAAUAUACUAAUCCGCAGCAUGGGUCCCGUUUCGGAACUGGACAUGGACUACUCGAUGGACUGCUACUUCAGGCAGUAUUGGCGGGACAAGCGGCUGAGCUUCAAGGGACCCAUCAAGAGCCUGUCGCUCAGCAUCAAAAUGCUCGACAAGAUUUGGCGGCCGGACACGUAUUUCUACAACGGGAAGCACUCACAGAUUCACAUGAUUACUGUGCCCAACAAAUUGCUGCGACUGGACCAAAACGGAGGCAUUCUCUAUUCAAUGCGAUUAACAAUCAAAGCCACUUGUCCCAUGGAGCUGCAAAACUUUCCCAUGGACCGGCAAUCCUGUCCCCUUGUCAUCGGAAGCUAUGGUUAUAUAAACCAACAGCUAAUAUAUGAAUGGAAAAACCAAGAUGAUGCCGUUUCCUUUGUUCCGGGAAUGACUUUAAAUCAAUUCGAUCUCAUCAGCAUGAUGCAUCGCAAUUCUACAACUGUGCGACGCGAAGGUGACUUUUCGGUCUUGCAUGUAGCGUUUAAUCUGAAGCGUCAUACUGGAUAUUUCCUGAUUCAAGUGUAUGUGCCCUGCAUACUGAUCGUGGUUUUGUCCUGGGUCUCCUUUUGGAUACAUCGCGAGGCCACGAGCGACCGGGUCAGUUUGUGCGUGACCUCCGUCCUGACCCUAUCUACCAUUAGCUUGGACUCGCGAACCGAUUUGCCCAAAGUCAAGUAUGCCACCGCCCUGGAUUGGUUUCUCCUGAUGAGCUUCCUCUACUGCAUUGCCACACUGUUGGAAUUUGCCGGCGUUCACUACUUCACGAAACUUGGAAGCGGAGAGAGUCCGCAACUGGAGGAUCAGUGGGAGGAUAUAGCUCAUAGCUCACUAUCGGAUCAAGCAGCUGAUGGGGAUGGGGAUGGUGAUCCUGAUCCUGACUCGGACUCGAGUGAAGGUACCGAGAACGAGGGGGCGGCGAGUGAAUCGAUUUGUGCCUGCAGCCAAAAACACGAUGCUCUUGGUCUCGAAUAUGAGGUCUCAUUGCAAAACUCAUUGGCCGGCGCUGGUUUUCUCAAGCGCAAUGCCAUCUUCUGUCCAACAUAUAAUGACCCAUCGUAUAUACUGCCGAACACCAUGGAGAGAACCACUCAAACGGAGCCGCCGGCGGUUUCCCGAUUGCACCAGAUGUGGAUGUGCCUGAAGAGCGACAACAGUUUCCGGAGGCAACGGGAACGCAACGCGGCGGCCCAGAAGAGCGAACAGGGAGGCGCCAACUGCUAUGUGAAUAGUGUGUCCCUGAUCGAUCGAGUGGCACGAAUCGCCUUCCCCAUGUCCUUUGCCUUUCUCAACCUGCUGUACUGGUGGGCCUACGGAAUGUAUAAAAAGGAGUUCUCAUGGUCCAACAUGAAGGCAUAG